AUAAUUUAAAUUCUAUUCAGUACAGCGGGAGGAGGAAAUUCUUUAGAAUCCCUUCCGUAGAAGCGCGUAUACAUUGAACUGGCUUCCCAGCUUUCUCUCCUCCAUUGUUGAAGCUUCUGAGGAUUGUGUUUAUAAUCCUUUAAUGUUUGUUCGCAGUCCUAAUUUGCAUCCUUCUGAUGUUCAUAUGUCAUCUGUUCCAAUCCCUGCUACUGCUAAAGGCGUUACCUUGAACAAUAUUGCUCAAUCAAAGGCUGGUUCAUUUUCCUUCUCUGCUCCUCAUAAUGAUGCUCCUAAAGAUCCUAUAGACAAAGACAAAGAUGAUACUUUGGUCACUCUUAGAGAUCGAAAGGUCAGGAUUUCAGAUGAGGCUUCAUUAUAUGCGCUCUGUCGAUCUUGGUUGAGAAAUGGAUACGUAAAAGAUAAUCAACCACAAUAUGGUGAUGUUUCAAUGUCUCUUCCGAAGCCCUUGCCUGUGCCUCUGCGUCUGUAUGAAUCUUCCUCGCCUAAGAGAAAGGAUAGAGAUGAUGAAUAUGAAUCAGAAGUUGAUGAGGUUGAGAUUCCAUGUGCUGAAGUGCUGCUAACCAGGCAUAUUAAGCGAGCUAAAAGAAUUCGAGCUAGAUUUAGAGAAGAAAGAUCGCAACGAAUUGACAGAUACAAAAGUAGGCUUGCUCUUCUUCUUCCUCCUAACAGAAAUAUGCAGGAAUGAUACAAUCAAUGGUCCAUGAUUCAAUUCAAUGCUAUACCAGGUCUGCUGUUAUCAUGCAUUAUCUAUUGGCAAAUGAAAUCUGCCCUUUUGAGUGUAUUUGAUGAAGCAGAGAACCUAAAGCCAUUCAUCUAUCCUUUAAAUUUUUACUUGCUUGUUAAUUUCCUGAAGGACUUAUUUCACACCUGAAACAGUUACUUAGGAAAUUUCCAAUCAGUCAUUGAUCUGGCAGUUGAUAGGAGUAUCACUUAUUAAGCGAUUUUCUAGCAGUCGGAUUGUAUUAUGAGAAUGCUGUAUUUUUCAUCUUCAGUAAUUUUGUACAGAGGUAGGAGCAUUAGAGGCUGGGAAUUUCUCCCAUAAUUAUCGUUCUAAUUCAUCUUGUAAAUUUAAGUUAGCAUAAAUAUUCCUUCAAUCCUAGCUACUCCAAGUGCCAUAUAUACUUUUUUUUUUUUUUUUUUUUUUGAGGAAAAGUGCCAUAUAUACUUCGACCACUUACCAUGGGAUAUAGUCAUAUAGCUUUAGGUGAUAUGAUAGAAAGAUGCCAUGGGAGGAAAAGAUGAAGGAAAUCUUGUUUUCCCUCGAAAAAGUGUUCUUGAUUUUUAAGAGAAAGAAAUGAGAUUAUAAUGCAAUUAUGAAAUUUAGGAAAGAUUUGCACUCUA